AUGCGCGAGGAAGGUGAAAUAGCCGCGUCCAGAGUCAAAGAGCAGAUGCAAAUCCACGUCAUGGAAUUGACAGAGGAGAACAAAUGCCUGAGGGAAGAUCUAGAGGCUUGUCAGACCCAUCUGCACAGGCGAGAAGCCGAAUUGAACACAAAUAAAUUACGAAUGGAAACCUGGAAAGCAAAACUCACCAACUUUCGGGGCUUUCUCAAUGAAUUUGGGACAGAUUACAAAGUUCUUCGUCGAGAAGCGAUCCAACUCAGGUUGACCAAAACACAUCUAGACAAGGAGAAAAAGGAGAUAGAAGCUAGCAUUGCCGGUGCUCAAGAGCAUAUUGUGCAAGUGUCCAACCUUCUUGACGAGAGACGAAGCCGUCUUUCGGAAACGGUGCACACUACUGAACCUCUCAGACAAAGCUUGGCGGAUACUGAGAACCGAGUGAAGGUCUUCCAGGAUCAACUGGCCCAUGAGAGAAAGCGAUCUUCCGCGUUGGAAUCAUAUAUUCGACAGCAAACAUCUGCUCAGGGCAAAAGGCUUGGUUUGGUGGUAUCAAACCAGGUUGCGAUUAUGACUACUCUAGAGUCAAAGUUUCAGAACAUUGGCUCACAGCUGGAAUCCAUUGCAUCCAACACUCAUUCAAUCUUUGGUACUGCUCUCGAUGAAUGUCUAGUCUCUCUCAAGCAGCUGAAUGAGAGCCAUUCCGCUGGGAUGAUUGAUGUACGGCGGGCAGAAGAAGUUAUCAGAGAGUUCACAAUGAGGAUUGAUGCAAUCGGGCUCGAGAUCACCAGCGAAAUGCGCGGGGGCUCCAAAGCCAAUAACAACCUAGCCGUACAGCUGAAAGAGCAGCUUCAAUAUCUGGCGGAUAGUAUGAACACUGGCUCGAUUAUACUUCAAAAGCUUUCUGAAAACGAGAAGUGCUGCGGCACCUUGCAGGAAAGCCUUGGGGCUAUCAUUCCGACCAUUGACAGUCUGAAUUCAUCUAUGAAGAUAAUAGAUGACAAGGGACUUGAUAUCACGCGGCAAAUGGAACACCUUGGCAAGAGCAUUUCAGAUAUUAAGAUACCAGACAAGGUUGAGCUCGUCCCAGUGGAACCCUGCAUGCAUGCGCAAGAGAAGAUUGAACUGGAGCGCCAGGUGCAGAAUCUCGUCGCAGAACUCAAGAUCGCAGCAGAAACCCUCAAGGAUAAAGAAUGUCACAAUGAGAAGACAAGCAAUGCCUUACUUGAAGCAAUGAGCAAAGUUGAUGAGACUGAAGCUCACGCAGAACAAUUCAAGUCUCAAAUUAUCGAGCUCGAAGAUCAGGCGAAGACCAUUGAGGCCAAUGUCCGCGAGGAGCUGAACAGGGCAAGCAUCGUUGCCCGAGAUGAACACAAAAAGAGGUUUGAACAGCAGCUUCAUAGGGCCUUACAAGAGAAGUCCGAGAUUGAAAGACAUUUGAUUAAGCUGCAGGAGCAGUUGGCCGACUCCCAUCGAGAGAUUGUGUGA